GUCUUAAACCUGACGCGUCCGGUCCUAGCUCCGCGCUGCUCCGUUUUUCCUUUGCGGAUGUAGUUCCAACGGUGACACGCAGGUGGUGAUGGGGCCGAGAUCCGCGCGGAGCGAUCUCCGCAGCCACAAAGAGACGACGUGCUUUCAGCCGGGAGAUCCCAUUACAGGGGGCACACGCUUUAAAAUGGUUGAAACAAAAGCGUGAGAAGCUCCACACCAGCCUUUCAGGUUGCAGCGACACGUUUUUCCAAAAUCCGACCUGGCUCUUUUGCCGUAACUUUUAGCGGAUUCACUGGCCAGCCGCGGGGGAAAAUGGAGAAGAAAAGGUGGGAUUGCUCUGCUCUCCCCAAAGGCUGGAAAAUGGAAGAAGUGACCAGAAAGUCGGGUUUGUCAGCUGGGAAAAGCGAUGUCUAUUAUUUUAGCAGAGGAGAAGAGCAAGAUGAGGAACAGAGGCAAGACAGGGGGGAGGCGGGUCGGUUGUAUAGCUUGUGUCCAUCUGGGAAGAAGUUUAGGAGCAAGCCUCAGCUGGCCCGUUACCUCGGUAACCAGAUGGACCUCAGCUCCUUUGAUUUUCGCACGGGGAAGAUGCUGAUGAGCAAACUGAACAAGAACCGCCAGAGACUGCGAUACGACAACAACAACCAGAACAAGGGCAAACCUGACUUAAACACGUCGCUGCCGGUAAGACAGACGGCCUCCAUUUUUAAGCAGCCUGUUACAAAGGUCACCAACCAUCCCAACAACAAAGUGAAGACGGAUCCUCAGAAAGCCGUCGAUCAGCCCCGACAGCUUUUCUGGGAGAAAAAGCUCAGUGGUCUUAACGCGUAUGACAUUGCAGAGGAGCUGGUGAAGACGAUGGAGCUGCCUAAAGGCCUGCAGGGUGUCGGCCCGGGCUGCACGGACAAAACGCUCCUGUCGGCUAUAGCGAGCGCCCUGCACACGAGCGCCGCGCCGAUCACGGGGCAGCUGUCUGCGGCGGUGGAGAAGAAUCCGGGCGUGUGGCUCAACACUGCCCAGCCGCUCUGCAAGGCCUUUAUAGUCACAGAUGAGGACAUCCGGAAACAGGAGGAGCUGGUGUACAGCGUCAGGAAGAGGCUGGAGGAGGCGCUGAUGGCCGACAUGCUGGCCCACGUCGAGGAGGCCUCCAGCGAGGGGGAGCCCCCGAAGGACGAGGGCAAUGGCAGCGAAGACAUGGAGACCGUAUAGCACAGGUUGUUGUGAAGACCGAUUGGACUCAUUCGCCCCCCCCCGUAAACACGAGCGUUAACCGUAGGAUUUCCAUUCCAGUGCGGCCCUUAAGAACUGUCCCUCGGUGUCCAGUCUAGGCGUCCACUCACUCCAGAAGACCCUCGGCAGCCAUUUUACCACCCGUGAUCGUCUCCAAUAAGUGGGACUCUGACUGUAUUUAUGAGCGCAGAUUUUUAAUUAGUAAAACAGACAACUAUGAAUGACUUAAAUAUAUUCAAUAUAAUUUCCUUACAAUGUGUCAAAGAUGAGUGUUUAGUGUUAAAUGUAUUUUUUACGAAAAUGUCUCGGAUGGAUUUGUGUUUUUUGUUUGCGACAAUCAUGUCCGAUCCAAAUGGUUCGGGUCAGCAGACAGCCGGCGUGUUUGCUCCUUUUGUUUCGGGCACCUUUUGAGGCGAAUGGUUUUUGUACUGUACUGCAUCCGUUUUUGGAAAUUUAAAGUGAAGCUCAUCUUGUCAUAUUUUGUAUUUAAAUGUCUUGUUGAAAUCAUGGUGUGUUUUUUUUUAUUUUUCUUUAGCUUUCAGGACGUUUGGUGGUUUGGUUUUGCUUAUUUUUUGUUUUUCCAUCACUAAACUGGGUGCUUAGAAAUGUUCAACAGUACUUUUGUACAUUUUGUUUUUUUUUUUCUUGUAAAGCAUCUGUGUUAUUACACACUUGCCGCCUCUUUUAAAAAUUCAUGCACAAAACCGGCGACGACGGAUGGGAUAGUUUUUAGUCCGUCACUUUCCAAGGAGAAAGGGUUUUACAGUUUCUCUGCUGGCUCACAACAUCCAGCUGGAAUCAUGAAAUGCCCCGCUCAACCUGAGCAGGCUGAUUGCUGAAAUGUGUUAAAGAAAUAAAAUUUGUCACUAU